AUCAGAAUAGCUGCCAAAAACAAAGCGGGAAAAGUUAAAACCAGAUGGCGGGAAACUUUCCCGAAACAUCACGCAUAAGUUCAUACCCGCUACUGAUUUUAUUGAUUUGCAAAUAUUUUCUAUCUAAUCUCUGAUUUUAGGGUUUCAAAGAUGUUCUCCAGCAGCCAAUUCGAAUCCUUUUCCGGCGGUGGAUUUAUGUCUUCGCAGUCAAGUCAGCCAACCGAUUCGGCUCCAUCCCCUGCAAAAAGUCGUGAUUCUCAGGGUUUGGUACCGGUAACAGUGAAGCAGAUAAGUCAGGCUUCUCAUUCUGGUGAUGAAAAUUCAAAUUACGUGAUCGAUGGCGUGGAUGUGACCAACGUUACUGUGGUUGGGAUGGUGUUUGAUAAAGCUCAAAACGUAACCGAUGUUAAUUUCACCGUGGAUGACGGAACAGGCCGAAUUGGUUGUAAAAGAUGGGUGAACGAGAAUUUUGACAGCUCGGAAAUGGAGACGAUACAAGAUGGAAUGUACGUUCGUGUUAGUGGGCAUCUGAGAAGUUUUCAAGGCGUAAGACAGUUGGGUGCUUUCUCUGUGAGGCCAGUAAUGAACUUUGAUGAGGUUACUUUCCACUUUAUUGACUGCAUACACACCCAUUUGCUGAACUCUAAGUCACAGCUGCAAGGUGGUGCCUCAAUUCAGACUCAGAAUGUAGAAUCAUCCACGAGCACUCAGACAUCUAACUCUAUCCAAUUCACCAAGCAAUACAGCGUUGAUGGACUAAAGGACUGUGAUCAACUGGUCCUCGACUAUCUGCAACAAUCUUCAAGCAUGGGGCAGGAAAAGGGGAUACACAUGGAUGAACUUAGCCAGCAGCUAAAGCUUCCCAUGGAUAAGAUCAAGGAAACUAUUAGAUCUCUCGAAGAUGAAGGCCUGAUAUACUCUACAAUCGAUGAAUUUCACUAUAGCAACCUGAUGAAGCUGAUAAUCAUGUUGUCUGGGUUAUGGAUGGUUCGUUUCGCUAUAAGCCGAAGCAGCAAAGCCUAACUUGGAAUUCCCUUGAUUGGGUCAGGCUUCGGAUAGAUCCCUCUGCUCAAGUUUCACUUUUAGCCCUGCUGAGCAGGUAUCUAACAGGCCCAUAUCAUAAAAGGUAGCCGAUUUAAAUAUUUUCCAAGUAUAUUUUGCAAUUGAAUGUUCAUCUUUGUUAGAAAAACAAAAUACAAUAAUGAGAUAGUAUUAUAAUUAUAAUUAUAUGAACAUUA